ACGAAAACCACUUGAACAAAUGCAAACCUAAAUACAACAAAAAGCCAUGUGAAACAUAUUGUCGUAGAUGAGAGGAUAAAAUAAAAUAAACUUCUUCCUAAGCUUAUUUAUUCAAAAGUAGUGCCAGAUGGGACUACAAUGUUCUUACAGUUUGAAACCACAAAGUUGUCUCAUUCACCGAAAUGCACCUGAGUUUACUGAAAUUAUAUAUCCUUUUGAUGAAGUGGAGCACACCGUGGAUGAUUUAAGCAAAACUGCUCAUUCACACUAUCGUGAAUCCUGUCAAAAAUGUAAUUAUGAUUAUAGUAGUGAUGGGAUAAUGAAGAGAAUGUAUCGAAAAAAGAGGCGAAACAAUAAAUCGGUUGAAUAUACUGAAAAUAUUAACCAGUCUCCUCGUCCAAUAAAGUUCCCAUCAAGUAAGAUAAAUCCUAGUAAUUACUUACGCUCUUCAAUGUUAAGCAUUAAGAAUCUAGUAGCACAAAAGAAAUACCAUUCAUUUAAACAUAAUGAUAAUUAUACUUUGUCACUGAAUGGAGAACAUGAAAAGUGUGAUGAAAUCGACUGCGAAUUCGGUAAUCUACCACAAUUACUGAAUGUAACUGAAGUGAACGAAAUUAGUUUCAAUUUAGAUGAAGAAUAUAAUAUGGAUUCUACUACGGCCGGUUAUGAGGAAAAUAAACUGAGAACAACUAGCCAUCACGAAUAUAAAUAUAAUGAUAAAAGGCGAUUACAAAGAAUUAGUCCAUAUACUCAAAAAUUACUGAGAACAGAAACAAAAAUGAUUCAAGUAGCUACUGCUAACUCAAGUGGUUCACCGUUAGUCGGUGAAGGCAUGGGGGGUGAAAGCGAUCAUCUUAGUGUGAACACAGAUAAUUAUGGGGAAAGAAAAACGUGGCAAAGUAUUAGAUCAAACCAAGAAAUAAUGACCACGGAAAUCUUGACUGAAGAUUAUCUUCACUCAGGUGGGAAUAUAGGUCAAAGACAUUUGUCUUACACAGCUUCAAAACACCCAGAUCCAGUAAUAUUUGAUAGUGCUGUGCCAAUAGACGGAGAGACUGCUACCUCACUCGAUGAAAGUCAAAAGUUAAAAUCCUUUAGGUUUGUACAAAAAACACAACAAGCUAAUCAUUUACCUAAACGUUUACCUCCUAACCAAAGGAAUGAGGAUGUAUAUCAUCAUUCUGAAAAACAGAUAAUUUCUGCUGCAUUAUUUAUGCAAGACAACUGUCCACAAUAUUCACCAGAUAGUGGAUCUAUCCCUCAUCAAGAAAAACAAAUAUUGGGAUAUUUCAAAAAUUUAAGAAAGCUUAAAGAUGUACCAAGUGAUUCGGCAAGCACACUGACAACAGAACAUAUUGGAAGUUAUGCAUUCACGCGUAGACUAUUAGAUCGGCAAAAUCAGAUAAAAGCUGAAUGGAGAACAGUGGAUAUAUCAUGCAAAGAAUGUAAUUUACGCAAAUCAAAAUAUCUUGAAACGACAACUUCGGCUGACACAAAAGAAGCAAUAAAAGAUUGGAGAAGUGAUUCAAGAUUUAAAAUAGAUCAUCUUUUCAACAAUGAGUUAUCUUCACUCGCAUCACUGAGUGAGCCGACUUUUAGUCUGACAGCUUAUUCACCGAAGUGGAUAAAAAGGUUUUCAAGUAAUUUAAAACUUUUUCGAAUACAACCUGAUACUACCAAUAUUAUUGGCUUUCAAAUCAAUCGACUUCCAGAAGAUUAUUGUAAAAUAGAGUUGUGUAAUGCUGGAAUUAUACCAGAAUGUUUAAACUUGUUAGAGACUAGACAUUUUCUUCUACAGAAAAACAGAAAUCGUUUAUUUCCAUCAUCACCGUCUUCCAGAUUUCCCGGGGGUAAUGUUACCAACAGAGUGACAAAAGCAACAAAUAUAAGAAGGAUAUGUAAAACAGCUGGUGGCAGGCUCGAAAGUAAAGUUGCAGUCAAUAAAGAUUUCUUGAUCAGUCAGUCAAUAAACAUAUAUAGUUACUGUUUUUGGAUCCGUUUAGAACCAUGGAUUGAAAGUUUAUUUGAAAAUCAUGACGAUCGACGUAUUGAAUCGAUUGGACGUGUUUCUGAUUGUCGUAUUUGUCUAACAAAACGUGUUCGCAGAAACCCUAUAGGUUUCAUUGAAAUUAUGGUGAAUAUUUUAGCACCUAGUGCCUCAGCUUUGCAGAAAUGCUGCAAAUUAUUUGAUGACAAAUUUCCUAAAUUCUAUGCAAGUGCUGGUCUCUUAUUGGAACAUGAUCAGUUAUCAAACUUAUCGAAUUUUCAUUCAUUCAUGCCUACUUACGAAAGAAAUUUAAUUAAGGGGCCACCUAAUGGACAUAUUAAUGAAAGUAAGAACAGUUCUGUUUACAAGAAUAGUUGCAGUACGUUAUGUAGUAAUCACAAACUUUGCUACUCAACGACAUGUUCAAGAAAUUAUGAAGGAAAGCGUACUGGUAAUUCUACUUCGCAAAUUUUAAGUAGACAUUGUCGACAGUAUUACUUUAAAUGUAGAGAAGUGAUUAAUUCAAACGCCAACAAUCAAACAAUCAAAUUUCUACCACUACCUCAUCCAGAAAGUCUGGACAAUUUUACCCAAGAACGUAUCUCAAAUAUGUGGUAGCCAAACGAACAAUGAGCUAGAUGGAAAUGAACAGAAAAAAACAAUAACGACGGGAAAACAAUACUAAUCAAGAAAACGUGUAAUAAACGACGAUAAAACGAGUCAAUACUAAACAUCACUAUCAAUUCUGUAUGUAUGCCUUCUUUGUUGUAUAUUUCUUCUCGACUGUUGAAUACGAAGCAGGGGAACACCUUAACAUCUCUUCUUUCUUCUUGAACAAAGAACAAACGAAAUUACAUAAGCGAAAAAUGGUGAGUAUUUUAAAGGAUACUAAGGUUAUUUCAGUGAUUGAUAUUUAUCCAACUGUAAAUUUUCUGUAUAAUCCUUCCCUUAAUUUAUAGUCAUUCGAAUCUGAUUUCCUUCUUGUAACUGAGCCUAAGAAUGAGCACUAAGGUGAAGAAAACUGAUUCCAUGAUUAAAAACUGCUGUAAAUGAGUAUAUUCGAUGCAUGCAGUUUCCCUUUGUUUUAUCCUUUUUCACUGCCUUCUGCUUACCUAUUCGCACACAGUCACCUCUGUACUUACAACCUAUUUGCUUUAAUCGCUUACAAAAUUUUGUUGACAAUAUGUCAUCCGACUAGUUUCAAAAGAUUAUUUCAUGCAUUCAUCUAUUCAUUCGUGUGUGUGUACAUAUGCUUGUAUUAGGGCGUUCAAGAUCAAAGUUACGAAGCGUUUAUCACUAUAAUAACACUAGAAGCGUAAAAUCUAAAAUAAAAUAAUAAUUAUUUUGACUGAAAAUAAUGACAAAUAAAUACAUGAUAUAGUGACUUAUGGCUGUUAAAGUUAUACUCAAGAGCGAAUAAACCACUUCUAUUCUAGAAUGUUAUAUAGAUUUCGCUUGAUUUCUUUACGUAUAUGUUAAAAUAUUGUCUUCGGGACGAACACACACAAAUACGAAAUCAGUGUAGAACAUUACGAACAAAAUGCAUCGGUUCCAACCUCAACAACACAAAGACUGCAAUGAAAGCUAGGCGGGGUGACUUUAAAUGCCACCUUAUAAACUGAUGAAGCAACCAAUCACUUUUCUGUAUCCUGUGAAAAAUUGUCCAACCAGCCAAAAUACAGCAACCUGAUUGGUUAUCUCAGUAGUUGAUAGGGUGGCCUUUAAAGUCACUCGCUAGGCGCAAUGCUUUACUGAUCAACUAUGCCGCUACUGAUGGUCAUUUUCCUAUGCAGUCACACACACAACUAAGGGUUAGUUCUUUCACUAACUGAGCAAGCUUAACGGCUAUUCACAUCUGAAAGAUACAACGGUUCACACGCGAAUACAGAAUGGUUAGACACAACACAGAACCAACGAAUGGGUACCUUAAGGACCUGUAAGAAGUUUUCAACAACUAAUAAAAUAUUUCAUCUUCACUAAUGCACAAGAAAGAAGUGACCACUGGUAACCUAGGUUUCAAAAGGGACUACGAUUUAAUACUCCACAAUAAUGACAAUAGUAAUUAAUAAAAAAGUAGCAGUAGUUAGUGGAAUUGAGCUAUGAAUGGGCUAUAAGUCCCUAAGGUUUAAAAGACUUUGUUAGCCAGGCUUAUUUCUCUAGCAUGAUCAAAGCAGUAUUCUUCUGAUCUUGUAAACCAUACCGUUCACAAAUCCAUACUAGAAUAACUAGACUGUUUUCUACAUAAAAUCUAAGCGAAGCAGUAAUUCUUCACCAUCAUUCAUAAGUACGCCAGGUAGUAUUCCGUUGUAUCAUACUGUUGUGCCUUUUUUAAUGUUUCUUUUUCCGCUCUCCAUUGUACUUGAGAGGGGUGCGCGAAAAAGUCUUCGUGUGUUGACUAAUUUGAAUAACAUUGAAAUAAAGUGAUUCUUAGUGAUAUUUUAUUGCGGUCUACUGAUCUCUCCUCAUUCCUCUACAGUGAACUGGAUACAAUUCUGAACUAGAUCUAGUUGGGAAUUCAUGUCGUUCACUGCUGGUCAUCUAAGGGAAACACCUUACUGAUGUCACACCCCAUCCAGCUACCAGCAGAACGACUUCACCCUCAGAUCCCCAUCAUAGUGUAGCAAUUUACACCACAACGGUAACUGCUUUUCGUCUAACCACUAUCCAACAGACCUUUCUGGUAUGGUAGGACCUCGAAGGAGCAAGCGUUCCACCAGCAUAGCUCGUUGGGUCAUUGUGAUAUACAAGUCCGACCACUACGUCAAGGUAGCAGCUAUCGGUCGGGCAUUACACCCUCUCUUUAGGGAAAGCAUACAUUCUCAGAUGAUUCCUCGCAUAGGAAAACCAAAAAUAAAAUAUGCCAAUCAUAGUGACUUCUAAGUAUCAACAAGAUAUGAAUUUGUAUGUUACAUAUCUAAAGUAGAACGCUUUAUUGUAUUCACUAUCCCUGUAAUCACGCUUACAUUGAAAUGACACUUGAAAGCUCCUUUGUUUCUGGUCUUGCUGUCAACAAGAUGCGACCUGCUUUAUGUGCCCCAUUUAUAGAACUGAAAUAUAAUGGCAUUUAUUCUGUCGUAACAAGAAUCGUUUUCUAGUGAAUGAUAUCACCGUACAAUAUUAGCUCCGAAAAUUACAGACAAUGCAAUCCCGUUGGCUUCUAUACUAAACAUUACCAUUCGGUGUUGGAACAAAGUAAAGUAACAAUUGUGAAAUCGUGUAGACCAGUGAAGACUAGUAGUGUAAAACGUAUCAGCAGUUGCUGGUUGGGAAUCUAGAACUAAUAAGAAUCAGUUGGUCAAAUUUACUGACAAAACUUCAAAUCAAAUUGGUGAUAAUAAUGCCAUAGUUUUACAUCUUUCUCUACGUAAGCCACACAACUGUCACUGUACUAAAUUUCCGAGUAGCAGUAUGAGCACCAUCGCUCACUAGGAUGCAGGUAGGUCCAGUUGACAAGUCUCAAAAUAGGAAGGAAUCUACAGUUGGCAUCACACUGCUGGUCACCAUCAAGUAAGUAACAUAACAGAAAUCAAGUAAAUUUGAAAUAUCUGAAUGGAAAACUGGUAUGUUCCAGAACUACUAGGUAUUUACUACGCAACGUAUCUUGAACAUUUCAUUAUUCAUUUUAUCUUCUAUCAUUCACCUAGCCACGUUAUUCCCAGAUUUCCUUCUAAUAUUUUUCUUCGUGUGUUAAUCUUUUGUCCAUAUUUUUGUGCAGUAUGGCAAACUGAAAGAACUCCAUAUUAUCUUAGUUCCUAUUUUGCUACUUUUAGUUAAUUAGUGAUUAAAUGAAACUCUAGAGAAUCUCCAGUCUGUAAAAUGGUUGUUAAGUAAAUGACCAAUUUCGCUUGCGAAUUAUAUAUCUACUGGAAAUCAUAUUUAUUUCUUCGGUGUCAACAUCAUUACAUAAAACCAAUGUUAUAUUACCUCCUACACCUUAUUCAACCUCAGAAAUGUGAUUGUUACAAUAAUAACAUAUUACGAUU